AUUGGCCGCCGUUUUCCUUGUCGUCUUCUUCUUUUUCUGCAUCAUUGGGAUGUUGUUGGUCGUUGUGUGCAGGUGUUGAGAUCCAUGGCAUCUGGUUGGUUAAAGGCUUUGAUUACCGCCCUCUGAUCUUCUCCUCCGCUCGUCCUCCCGGAAGACACAUAGAAAUUGCGAUUCUUCUUGCUUGCUGCUGUUUCCACCAAAUCUACACAGGUUUGUGUUUCACCGAUGGCGGAGCAGCGACGUUUACUUCCCACUUGUCUCACCGCAAGCUCGUCUGCUUCGGAGGUGGUCGAGUUUUUUAGGAUGUCUGCAUGGCUAAUGGACUUAACCGUGGACCAGAAAGCAUUGACUGAUCGAGAAAAUGCUCUGAAGACGGAGAUGGAGAAUUGCAAAAAAGCCAAGGAGUCUGUGAUAGAAUUUGGGAAUUGGAAAAUGAGGGUCAAUGGAGAAAUCCAAGAGUUGAAGGAGACUAGGAAAGCGGAAGUUGAGGAGAGACUAGAGGUCUCUGAGAGAAGAUCUGUCUUGUUGGACAAGAGGGUGGCUCUCAUGGAGGAAAAUAGUUCUUAUGCUGCUGUAAGACUUGCAGCUGAUGAGAAUGGUAUGGUGUUUUAG